CUUCCUUUCUUGUUCUUGAGCAGUCACAUGAAGGUCAUAAGAACCACCGACUCAGAAAGUAUUUAAGCGAAGGAUUUCUGGAAAAACCCAGUUUAAGCUGCGGCCAUUGGAAAAGGUAGUAACGAAUUUAAAACUAGCAACGAUGAUCUGGAUUCCUAUCGCCGCUUUCCUAAUUGCUGGGGCAAUCGGACAGAGCCAAAAUGGAAGCCCCAUUGACGUGCCUGUGCAGUUCGUAACUGAGAGGCACAUCUUUGGUGAUGCCUUCGAAACAAAUCACUUCAGCGCCCAUCUCUGUGGGGGCUGCAUGUUCGACAAAAAGUUAGCUGUUGUUGCCCUUAAUUUGCAAAAGCAGCCAUGGAACAACACCGUGCAAGACAUCCUAAAAGCAACUGUCACAUAUGGUUCUGGAAAAAUCAUUGCAUCGAACAACAUCAAUGGAACUUAUGAAGAACAAAUUUCGUUCGUCUACCAUUCAUCAUAUGGCGAUCUAAAUAUCGUGGUUGAGAAUGGGGCUGGUAGCGGCAUGAUAUACACGGUCGCGCUGAAGUUCCACGCGCAGACCUACGGUAAUCCAGAAUGUGAAAAACGGCAUUUAAUGAGCCUAGUGGAAUCCCGUGCGCACUGGAAGUACAGGGCCCUCAGUGGCGUGAAUGCAGCCCAACUUCACGAACUGGUCCCCAUUUUCAAGAUGUCCUCCCAGUAUUCAGUGAAGUCAAGUGACCUGGUAUUCCUGCAGUUAGACUACUGCUUCCCACACAUUGGGAAUUACAACGUCACUAUUUCUGUCAUCGCAGAGGACGAGGAAUCUGCCUUCGCCACCUAUGCCUGCACGAAAAGCAUAAAGCAGUGUAAAACUGGCAAUGCACCCUUCCAUGACACAUCCGGCAGUGCUGCAAAUACUGUUCAAGUACGGGUCGCUGGUGCACCUGACAUCGGCCCAAUAACUGUUAUUGUUAGAGGUGAUGGAAGGUACCUCCAGAUGAACACAUUCUCUCUCGCUGCCUCUAAGUACAUUGAGCUUUAAAGAGAGUGUCAUUAGUCUUAAACUUUACAAUUUUAUUUAGAAAAAUUCAUUUGUUUUGACUUUAUUUAAAUUAUAUCACUUUAAAUGUUAAGACAAAUUUACUUGCUUGGUUGUUUA